AUGACUGUGUGUGUUGCUCAGGCGGAGCGUGGUGCGUCAGAGCUGGAGUCUAAGGCAAUGGUGAAGAAAAGCAACGAUGCUGCGUUACUAGUUGCCCACCGUAUCGCGGAAGUUGUCCGCAGCAAGCCGAAUUGCGUUCUGGGCCUGGCGACCGGAUCGACCCCCAUCCCCGUCUACCAGGAGCUCGCCCGUCUCCACCGCGAGGAGGGCCUGGACUUCUCGCAGGUCAGGACGUUCAACCUGGACGAGUAUGCAGGGCUUCCUCCCACGCACGACCAGAGCUACCGCUUCUUCAUGGAGGAGCACCUCUUCAGCAAGGUCAAUAUAAAGCCGGAGAAUGUACACUUCUUGAGCGGACUGGCAAUACGGGCUGAGGAUGAAUGCAUAAGAUAUGAAAAUGCGCUCCAAACAAUUGGCCCCUGCGACGUCUGGCUUCUGGGGAUCGGGCACAACGGUCACAUCGCCUUCAACGAGCCGGGGUCCCCGAGAGACAGCAGGACGCGCGUCGUCUGCCUGACCCAGAGCACGAUCGACGCCAACGCGCGCUUCUUCGGAAACGACAAGUCGAAGGUCCCGACCAAGGCCCUCUCUGUGGGGAUAGCAACCAUCAUGGAGAGCCGCGAGAUCCUUCUUCUCGCCACCGGUGAGAGCAAGUGUGAGGCUGUGACAAAGGCCAUAGUUGGGGAGCCAACAAAUGCUGUUCCUGCCUCGCUGCUUCAAAGACAUCCUCGCUGUUGCUUUUAUGUCGAUGAGGCCGCAGGUGCGGAAGUCGCCGAGACCGUUACAGAAUAA